AUGACUGAGCGCGCAGAUCGCGACAUUGUCCAUCCGCGUACAACUAACGCUAACUCUCCCGCAAAAACAAAUAUGGAAACCAAAAAGCAAAACGAAGAUCAAACAGAGGCAUUAAAAAGAGAAUAUCAAGCGGUGAUUAAACUAAAUGAGACAUUUACAGCAGUAAAUGACAACUUAAUUGGAGCGAGAGGAAAAUUACAGCAAUUUGCAAAUACGAUCGAUCAAACAGACACACUCCUCGAUAUAUGGAUAAAAGUAUUAUCGCAGAGUCUCCACACACAACGAUUACUGUCAGAUCCAUCAUGGCAAGGUCAAACUACGGUAGCUUUAUAG